GUCUUUCCCUGUUCGGAUUUCCCCUCACACUCUCUCCCCCCCCUUGGCUUCUCCCUCCGGCGCUCCCAAGAGAACUUGGCUUAAAUCUCAAAUUCCCUUUCUCUCUCUCUUUUUUUAAUGGUGGCGGCAACCAUGGCUUUCUUUAACACUCUGUUCUUCGCAGUGUUUCUCUUCAUUCCUCUUGCCUCUCUCUCCUACUCUUCUUCCUCCUCCUCCAUUCACGAUCUCCUCCGUUCCAAGGGUUUGCCGGCUGGCCUGCUGCCGGAGGAGGUCAAGUCCUACAACUUAUCGGAGGACGGCCUAUUAGAGGUCUUUCUCCACGGACCUUGCCUGACGAAAUACGAAAACAGAGUCCUCUUCGAAAGCGUGGUGAGAGCUAACCUCACUUAUGGCAGCCUAAUUGGAGUCGAGGGUCUGUCUCAAGAGGAGCUUUUUCUGUGGCUGCCUGUUAAAGAUAUCAUAGUCGAUGAUCCCAAGUCAGGUUUGAUUCUCUUCGACAUUGGGGUCGCUCACAAACAGCUCUCCCUCUCCCUCUUCGAAGAUCCACCUCACUGCAAGCCCCAAGGUGAGCUGAGGAAUCAUGUGAGGAAGGAGAAAGGAUUCGAGGCCUUGAGAUAGAAAAGAUGCACGCCACCCUGUUUCGAGUAAUCGGUUGUUGUCUUUUCUCUGUUUUGUUCAUAUAUAUAUAUAAUUUUCACCUUUGCGUUUUCUGUCGUGAGAGAGUGGUGGGGGUGUCAUGUGAGAGCAGAGAAUGCCGGGAGGCUGUAAAGACGUGGGAGUAAAAAAAAAAAAAAACGGAGGGGGGGUUGGGGAGGGGAACGCUGGAAUCUGAAAUGUCGUAAUCAAAUUAUAAGAUCUGAGUUUCAUGCUCGUGUAGGAUCUUCACUUGCUAUGAUAUGGUGGAAGAUAAGUGGGAAAGCAAAGAAUCAAUGAAGUAUAUAUGUAAAUUAAGUUUUGAGAAAGUAAUGACUAAAUAAAACCUUGCUUAAGAAGACGGGGAAAAUAUGCGGGUUGUCUGCUCCUUGGUUUUACCUUGUGAAUAAUACAGAGAUAAAUAGUAGUUGUCAGUUGAUGUUU